AGAAGACAUGGCCGAUGCUCUUCUCUCUGUUGGCUUCCACGUGCUAAUUGACAGGAUGUCUCGCGAGGUGCUUGACUUCUUUGGGGGGCGAAAACUCGCCGAGGGGCCCUUAAGAAAGCUGAAGAUAGCAUUGCUGUCUGUGAAGGCAGUGGUGGAGGACGCGGAGGAGAAGGAACUCACGAACCCUGAUGUGAAAGUGUGGCUUUGUGAGCUGAAAGAUGCUGCUUUUGAAGCAGAAGACAUCUUGGGUGAGAUUGCUACAGAAAUCCUGAGAUGCAAGUUGGGUGCUGAGUUUCAGACAACUGCAAGGAAGCCUGCCAUUGCUUGGACAACUACCCUCUUUGCAGAACCUCUCUAUUGUUGA